AUGAAUACUUCUUUACCAACGGAGGAUCUUGACGAUUCUGAUGAAAUUGAGCUUACUAAAAAUCAAAAUAUAGAAUUAGAUUUAAUACGAGAUUUACGGAAUAGUAUGCUUAUUAUUACACCUGAUCCUAUAGAAACGCCUCCCGAAGAUAUCGUGGAUAAUGAAAAAUCAUCAUCUAAGCACUCUGCAUAA